UACUCUUGCUCUUCUUUCCCCGAGCAAUUAUAAUAUUCAACGUCUCCCGGGGGAAGACUGCAUAUUCACUUUCAGCAGUAAAAAGGAGCUCGCUUUUCUCUUCAUCUGCGGGGUGUCAUUCAGCAGCGGUCCUAGAGGAGUGGCUUUGUGGGAUAUGGCCCAAUAGCAGCAGCCCGUGAUGCCGGACCAUGACAGCGACUCCCUCCUGAGCAGACAGACCAAGAGAAGACGUGUGGACAUCGGUGUGAAGAGGACAGUGGGCAGCACCGUCGCCAACACAGCAGCAGCUACAACCAGCGCCGACAUUGCCUGCGCCAAAGCAGCCAUCUUCAGUGCCAUGAACUCUCUCAACUCCCACCACCACGGCUCCGACGCAGACUCCACAGACUGCUCCAUGGUGCAGCCACACGGCCCCACUGGGGUCGUCACAGCAACCGACAGCGACUCCAAGUCCAACGUGCUCCGGAAGCUCCUGAAGAGAGCCAACUCGUACGAAGAUGCCAUGAUGCCCUUCCCUGGUGCCACCAUCAUCUCCCAGCUCCUCAAGAGCAACAUGGCCAAGAAUGGAGGAGGAGAGAGAGGAGAGAGAGGGGAGAGAGGGGAGAGAGGGGAGAGGGGGGAGAGAGGAGAGAGAAGAGACGGGGGGUUCCCUGGGUCGGGUCUCUCAAGUGGGGGUUCCGAAGCCCAGGAGGACGCCUGCAGUAACUCAUCUCAGGACAGCCCCCAAGAGUGCCUCUCCCCCUUCGGCCGCCCCUCGGCUCUGGGUGCCUUCGACCUAGAGCGCCUCAACGAUGAGCACCUGCGGGCCAAGCGCGCCCGCGUGGAGAACAUCAUCCGAGGCAUGAGCCACUCGCCCAGUGUGGUGGUGCCCGCACGCCAUCACGGAGAGCGGGACCGUGAACGGGAACAACGUGAACGGGAGAGGGAGCGAGAGAUGGACGGGAACAGGGAGAUGGAGAUGGACUGCCCCCCACAGCCGCCUAGCCCCAGGGGAGAGGUGUGCAGCCGGGAGAACAAGAGGAAGCAGCGCCUGCCCCAGCAGCAGCAGCAGAGCUUCACCCAGCUGGUGUGCCAGCGUAAAGAGCAAAAGCAGGAGGAGCGCAGGCAGCUGAAGCUGCAGCUGGAGGACAUGCAGAAGCAGCUGCGCCAGCUGCAGGAGAAGUUCUUCCAGAUCUAUGAUUCCACCGACGAUUCUGAGCACGACCUGGCUCACGACCUGGGCAACAUGUCUGAGGACAGCGCCGGGAGGUCUGAUGCUGGGGGAGACGACCGGGCAGACCGCUCCGACAACGAGAUGUCAGACCUGGACCCAGGACACUUCCUGGACCGGGCCAGGGCAUUGCUCCAGGAGCAGGCCCUGCUGGCGGAGGGUAACAAGCCCAGGAGAGAGGGGCUGGUCCGGGGGAAAGGUCCUGGUCAGGGUCCUUCCUCCUCCAUGCACCAUGCGGAGGGCAAGCAGCUGGCUGAGACACUGAAACAGGAGCUCAACUCAGCCAUGAACCAGGUGGUGGACACGGUGGUCAAGGUGUUCGCCAAGCCCCCACGCCCCGCACCCCCCCAGGUCUUCUCGCCCCUCCCCAUGCCCCCAGAGAGGUUCGGGGUCAACGGUGAGGGCCCCAACUUCCACACAGCCAACCAGCGCCUGCAGUGCUUUGGUGACGUCAUCAUUCCCAACCCCCUGGACUCGUUCGGUGGCAUGCCCAUGCCUGGCGCCAACGACCAGACAGAGGCGCUGCCCCUAGUGGUGAGGAAGACUCAGACAGAACACCAUCACCAGUCCUCAGCUGUGGGCGCCCACGGGGGCCACCACCACCCUUCCCUGCACCCCUCCUCCCUCUCUGCCUCCAUGGGAUUCAGCCCCCCGUCUUUCCGCCACCCCUUCCCCCUGCCUCUCAUGGGCUACCCCUUCCCGAGCCCCCUGGGCCCACCCUCCGGGGGUUACCCAGGGAAGGACCACUCCUCCCCAGACUCCAUGGACCUGUCCAGGGAGACCACCAGCCUGCGGACCAAGAUGUCUUCAGUGCAUCACAUGGGGCACCACCACAGGUCGCUCUCUCCCAGCCACCCCGGGAGCACCGCAGAGGGGCUCUCCCUGUCCCUCAUUAAGUCAGAGUGUGGAGACAUGAGCGACAUGAACGACAUCUCACCAUACUCAGGCAGCACCAUUCAGGAGGGUCUCUCCCCCAACCACCUGAAGAAGGCCAAGCUCAUGUUCUUCUACGCCCGCUACCCCAGCUCCAACAUGCUCAAGAUGUUCUUCUCCGACGUCAAGUUUAACCGCUGCAUCACGUCCCAGCUCAUCAAGUGGUUCAGUAACUUCCGAGAGUUCUACUACAUCCAGAUGGAGAAGUUUGCCCGGCAGGCCAUCAACGACGGUGUCACCGGGGUGGAGGAGAUGAGCGUCAGCCGUGACUGCGAGCUCUACCGAGCCCUCAACAUGCACUACAACAAGGCCAAUGACUUUGAGGUUCCAGAGCGGUUCCUGGAGGUGGCUCAGAUCACGCUGCGUGAGUUCUUCAAUGCCAUCGUGGCAGGCAAAGACGUGGACCCAUCCUGGAAAAAAGCCAUUUACAAGGUGAUCUGCAAGCUGGACAGCGAUGUGCCCGAGGUCUUCAAGUCACCCAACUGUCUCCAGGAGCUUCUACAUGAGUAACCAUCCCUGCUCCGCCUCCGCCCCCC